AUGAACUUCUUCUCCAAGUCUCCCAAGAAAUCCAAAACCAAGAAGACGACUCCCAAUCCCAAUCCUAACACCGACCCCCCGAGUGACGACGACUCCCCGCAGCAGCAGCAGCGCCGGCGUUCCAUUUCGCCGCUGAAGAAGUCAUUCUUAUCCUCGUCCCCAUCCGCAUCCGCAUCCUCGCCCUCGUCUUCCUCCCGCCCUGUCAAGAGUUCGCGUGACGACAAUAAUCAGGCCUCGAGUCAUAGCCACAGUCACGGUCACGGCCGGAAGUCAGAGCAAAACUCUCCCCGAAACAGUCGCAGUUUUCCAAAAUCAAAGUCUGCGGCCCCAGGGUCUAAUCAAUAUACACCGCGGCAUCCAUUCGAUCCAGCCACUGACCAUCCUCUGAAUCUUCCGCCAGACCAACUGCGGCGCUUUUCUGCGCUCUCCGCCAUGUCUUCCACGUCUGAGCCCGAGAAGAUGGAGGUUGACAGCGAAGGACCAACCGCCCCUGUGUCGCCUACAUCUCAAUCUCAAACAAAAGUCCCAGGCUCCUUUGAUACUCCUAUGGCAAACGGUGCUGCAACUGCCACACCUGCAACAAAUGGAGACAGUGAAGGUCCUGCCCCUCCUCCCCACAGAUCCAACCCCACUAGCCCUGCUCCACCGCCAGCUCCCACGCCUGAAGACGCUGAAGCUUUCAAGAAUGCCGGAAAUAAAUAUUAUAAGGCCAAAGACUACAAGAAGGCCCUUGAGGAGUAUACAAAAGCCGUUGAAGCGCAGCCCUCCCAGCCUACAUAUCUUAACAACCGGGCAGCAGCCUAUAUGUCCGCGGGGCAAUAUAGCAAUGCACUAGAAGACUGCACGCGUGCUGACGAACUGGACCCCCAAAAUCCCAAGGUCCUCCUCCGAUUAGCCCGCAUAUACACUAGUCUUGGACGCCCUGAAGAUGCCCUUAAUACAUUUUCUCGGAUCCAACCACCUCCCUCGGCGAAGGAUGUUGCUCCAACCAAGGCAAUGCUGCAGCAUAUAGAGGUGGCAGAUGAUGCGUUGAAGCACGGCACAACGGGAUCGAUGGCACUGCAUGCCCUUGACCAGGCAGAAAAAUUGCUUGGUCCUGGCGCGCCAAAGCCUCGCAAAUGGCAAUUGAUGAGAGGAGAAGCAUAUCUAAAGAUGGGGAACGUGAAUGCGCUCGGUGACGCCCAGAAUGUCGCAUUAGCCCUAUUACGAAGCAAUAGCAAAGACCCCGAGGCGCUGGUCUUGAGAGGCAGAGCUCUUUAUGCCCAGGGCGAGAAUGAGAAGGCAAUUCAACAUUUCCGCCAAGCAUUGAGCUGCGAUCCUGAUUACAGAGAUGCUGUCAAGUAUUUGCGGAUGGUGCAGAAGUUGGACCGAAUGAAGGCUGAGGGCAAUUCGGAGUACAAGGGAGGACGUUGGCAAGCGGCCAGUGACAAGUACACUGAGGCUCUUGAGGUUGAUCCCCUGAACAAGGGCACCAACUCGAAGCUUCUUCAGAACCGGGCUCUCUGCAAGAUUCAGCUGAAAGAUUACAAGGGUGCUAUUGAAGAUUGCGAGCGCGCCCUUGCCCUUGAACCAUCAUAUUUCAAAGCUAAGAAAACAAAGGCAAACGCCAUGGGUCAAUCUGGUGACUGGGAAUCUGCAGUGCGUGAGCUUAAGGAGUUACAGGAGCAAGAUCCACAAGAUGCCGGUAUUGCCAAGGAGGUGCGGAAGGCCGAAUUGGAGUUGAAGAAGAGCAAGAGAAAGGACUAUUAUAAGAUUCUUGGGAUAGACAAAGAUGCGGAUGAGACGCAGAUCAAGAAGGCAUACCGGAGGGAAGCUAUUGUCCACCAUCCUGAUAAGAACCCCGACGAUGAGAACGCCGAAGAGAGGUUUAAGGAUAUUGGAGAAGCCUACGAGACGUUGAGUGAUCCUGAGAAGCGUGCCCGUUACGACAGCGGCGAGGACCUAAUGGAUCCAAUGGAAGGCUUUGGCGGAGGCGGUAUGGGCGGUGGUGGUAUGAACAUUGACCCCGAGAUCCUAAUGCAAAUGUUCGGAGCACAAAUGGGAGGUGGCCGAGGGGGAGGCGGAGGCGGAGGUGGCUUCCACAGCUUCGGUGGGGGAAUGCCUGGUGGUGGUGGACGACGAGAUGAGGACCACCAGCCAGCUCAUUCUGGGUCCGACCAUACCGCACCACGGAAAUCCAGCUUCUUCUCCACUCCCGAGGGUAAAAUAUCCCAGGAAAGGGAUGGUGAUGCAUAUAUCCGCUUGGUGCGCAACUGGGGAAUGGCAUUCCUACUCGCAGCCGUCUUUGUACCUCUUGAUCUCCUCGCCCUUUUCACCGUCCUUGCCGUGGCGGGUUUCUUCUGCCGGAAGGCUAUUCGUGUAUGUGCAUCAGCAGUUACGGGUACCCCUCCCCGGGCUUUGUAA